AUGAGAUUAUAGAAGUCAUAGCAGAAUAAACAGAAAAUUCUGAGAGAGGAACUAAUGUUGUUUAAAAUAUCAAUAAUGAAAGUUGUUGUUUAGAUGAGUAAAUAAAAGAAAUCGAUUGGAUUUACAAUAAAUAAGAUUAAGAAAUAAUGUAAAAUACAAUUUAAAUAAAACUGAAAAUUGUAAGGGAUACAAAAGAAAAGGUUCAUAGUGAUUAAGAGAAUGUUAUACCUCAAAAAUUAAAUAAUAAAAAAUAAAUAGACUCAAGCAAUUUAAGUGAUCUAAGCUAAGAUUAAACUUAUUACACUUAAAUAGGAUAAUAAAUUGAUGUUUAUGAACAAUAAAAAUAUUUAGAGGAACAAUAAUUAUAAUUAAAAUCUAGUAGUUUAGAAGCUGAUAAAAAUAUCCUUUCUUAAAUAAUGCUUUUAGUAUCCUUAGGAAUUAUAUAUGAAGUAAUGUUUGGAAUCAUGAGCAUAAUUGCUCUGAUUAAUGAAGCAAUAUAUUCAACUCCUAUUGGAACUAUUGUUUAUUUAUAUGUCUCUAAUUCACUUUAAUUCUUUUCAUUAUUGAAUGUACUAAAAUUAUUUAAGGACUUCUAUAAUCAAUAAAUUAAAAAUUUGAUUUGGAUUUCAAAAAUUGGAAGCAAAAAGACAGACUUGAAUUAAAAUUAUUCUUUCAUAAUACCAUAAGAAUAUAAACAAGAUGAUGAAAUGUUAAAAAAGUUUGAAAGCAGGAUAAAUUUGAUCACUUUAUAUUGA